AUGUCCUCAUAUCAAAGCAAUGAUCCAUAUGAAUUGUAAUUUAUCAUUAAUAAUUUAGUUUACAUUAUUGUAAUGAUCAAGAUUAAUAGAUUUAUGAUUAAAAUAAAUUAUUCAUAGAAAAUCUUGUGAUUUAUGAUGUUAAAUAUUAAGUAAUAUUAUACAAAUUAUUCAUUAUAGAUUCAUCAUCAUAAAACAGUCUUAUAAAUAUUCAAUGAAUAAAAUUAAAUACUUAAAACUUUAUGGGGUAAUAUAUCUUAACUUUAUAUUAGGUUUAUAAGAUGUUUAAUUUCCCACUUAAUCAAAUUUGGAUUAAAUAAUCAAAGAUUCCAUUGAAAAUAAUUUAAUUGUAAGAUAAUCAUAACUAAAUAAGUAAACUGUAUAUAGUCAGACUUAUCCAGGAGGUUAAUUAUUUAAAAUUGGAUAUUAAAAAGAAAUUGAUGCUUGGUUAAUAUAUUCAAACAAUCUCACUAUUGUUGCUUAAACAUCUGAUGAUUUAUCUGAAUUUUCAUUUUAAAGAUUUGAUUCAGCAGUAUAAGUAGGUGAAUUAUGGUUUAAUAUUUUGAAUGAAUGUAAAUUAAUCUAUUUAUUCUAGUCAGUCAAGAAAAAAUUAAUAAUUUGAAAUUUGAUUUUCAUAAUAGAACAGUAUAUGGUCAUAUUAUCAAUUAAGAAUCUUUGAUUUAUCAUUCUGAUGAUAUACUAUAAUUUAUUGGUAUUGUUGAUGUUAAUUUUGAAUAAUCUCAAUAAUUAUUUUGUUUUUAUGGAUUACCUCAUCCAAAAACAUCUUAAUUUAAAUUGCAAUUAAAAUUACUCUAAAAACAUAUAGAGAGAAUUUAAAGAAGUGAUAUUGAAUUAGAAUCAGCAGGAGUUAUAUUAUAUUUUAAUGAUCAAUAUUAUGUUAUACAUACAGUUGAGUAUUUAAUUUAUAAACACAUUUAAUCUAUGUUAUUGAAUGAAUAACAUAUUGAAAGAGAUUUUAAAUAAUUUGUUAAAUCUUUAUAAGUUAAACCACCUAGACCAUUUAAAUUUUACUAAAAUAUAUAUGAAUAAGGCAUUAAAAUAUUAGAAUCUAAUAAUAAAAUGGAAUAAACCAUUAAAUAUAAUUUUAAUGAUUUCAUUACUAUUAUAUUAUUCAACAUAUUUAAUAAUAAGACAUUCAAAUAGAAUUAAUUAAAAUCUAUUAAAGAACAUAGAGUCUUAUGGUCAACCUAUCAACCAGAAUCUUUAACAAGAAUACCAGUAUAUACAGGUGAAAAUCAAUAAAAGAAUCCAGAAAAUGUAUAUUUAAUUAUACCUUUAUGUAUUAAUGGAGUUGGUGUAUCAACAUUUGCAAGAACUUUUCAAUCAUUCUAUUAUCAAACCUAAAUUGUCAGUGAUCUUUAAGAUGCUAAAAUUAGAGAUAAUUAUGUUAUUAUAUUAGAACAUAAUCAUACUCCAGAAGAAGCAUAAUCUAUUAUAUCAAAAUGUAGUUAAUUUUACAACAAAAUCAUCCUGUAUCCAUAUACCAAAAAGUCUUAUAAUGAAUUGAAAAUGCCAUUUUCAUAUGAAUUACUUAUUACAGCUAUGAAAAGAACUUGUGCUUCUCUUGAUAGAGUUCAAUCUUUUAUUAAAAAGGUUAAAGCUUUUGAGAAUUUUAAAAUAAAUUCUCUAUUAGUAAAUGGAAUAAUAGAAUUUCCAUUUGUUGAUGAAGAUAUUAAAAUUGAUCAUGAAUAUAUUGAAGAUGAUUUAUUGGAUAUAUUUCAUAAUGAUUCAAAAAAAAACUUAAAUCAAUUCUUUAAAAGUCUGAAAGAAGUUCAUCUGUAAAAUUAAAAUAAUGAUACUUUUGAUGAAGAAAUCAAGAAUAUUAUUCAUUAAUUAUUUCCUAAAGUCACAAAAAUAACUAAACAUUAACCAAUAAAAGUAGAUGAUGUUGUGAGAAAGUAAAGUGAAGAUGUUAUUGUUAAUGAAAAGAAAAAUAAAUUACCAAAAAAAGAAAAACAUAUAUAAUAUGAUCCAACUUAUUUACCUAAUUCACUUAGUUUCUAACUCAAAGGAGGAUACAAUAUGAAAGAUAAAAUAAAUAAAUGGAUUUUAGAUUGUUUAGUAAAUAAUUAUAUUUAAUUAUCUUUUAGAAUGCAGGUAAUUCACAUUUUAAAAAUGAUGAAACUUAUCAUAAAAUUGUAAACAUAUUUUAAAAGUAAACUUUUGAAAAUGGUGAAUAACAUUUCAUUCCAGAAAAGGAACUUAAAUUAGAAUUAUUAUCUAUUAAUUAAAAUGAUUUAAGUGUUAGAUAAUUACCUUAUUUCAAAGAUUUUGUAUAAGAUAAAGAAGCAGAAAUAUUUAUUAAAACAUUAUUUAUUAGUUUUGAUGGUUUAAUUGCUGCUCUUGCUCAUUAAACAUCAUUACCAUGCUAAAGUCCUUACCCUCAUAUACCAUUUUAUUUCAAAAAUCUAAAAGUGAGAGACAGUCUAUCUGUCAUUUCAUAAACCAUUCUAUAAAAUUAAAUUCUGAAAUAGGCAUUCAAAGAUGGAUAACUCUCCAAAAUUACAAAUUAAACAUUUUUUGCUUCUGAAGAUAUUUAAUAUAGAAAUAAGACUUAUAGAAUUUAUGUAAUUUCAUUGUAAGAUGGCAUUAAAGUUAAUGCUAUCUCUACAGAUAGAUUAUGA